AUGACUUUACUUUCUACGUUUCCGAAGUUGACAGUAGCAGUAGCAGUAGCAGUAGCACAGGAUGUCAUAAAGAAGAGACUAGAAAUCCAAAAGCAGAAACAAACUUUGUUACAAAAACAGCUAGAACAACAAAAGUUGCUGAUUCAAAAGCUUGAUAAGAAUAAGGGGACUAGUCCAGAGGAGAAGGCUGUAAUUGUGAAAACAAUAAAGACAUUGGCAGCUAGUAUAGAUAAACUGAAGUUGGAGAUCACUGCCUCCCCUAAUGUUGGAGGAACCACAGGAGGAGGAGGAGUGGAAUUUCAUCAUAAAUCAAAACAGGAGGCCCAGAAGGAGCUCCUGGACACAGAAUUAGAACUUAUGACCAAAGAAACCAGUGGUGGGGACACCUCAGACCUCAGGAAGAAAAUCAUGGAACUCAAACGAGAGGCAGCAGCGCUUGGUAUUGUAGAAGCUCGCCGUGGCCGAGGAAGAGGGCGUGGUGGAGCUGCCCCCAGGGGGCGUGGGAGAGGCAGAGGAAGAGGUGGUGUUACUAUGGCAGCCAGAUCUGUAGACCGCCGUCCAAGACAGUUGUUAGUGAGAGGGUUCAGUUUAAAUGAAAAGGAUGAAGUGAUCUCACAAUUCCAGAAUUACGGAGAGAUUGAGAAGAUAGACUGUGAUGAAAGUGAACCAAAUGUUAUACUCACAUUCAAAACAAGACAGGAAGCAGAAACAGCUGCAAGGGAGGGUCAGAAAUUCAAGGAGAAAAGCCUCUCAAUGUCAUGGUACCAACAGAAGAGUCCAGAGAAGGGUCAAGAGUCAGGGGAAGGGGUGAUGGUAACCCGCGCCACAGCCCGGCGUACCUCGAUCACUGCCAACCUUCCAGGAGAAGGUGGUGAGGAGGAGGAGGGGGAAGAGUCCACAAAUGCACCAGUGGUUGUCCCAGAGGGAGAGGAAGAAGAUGAGGAGGAGUUGGAUGAACUAGAUGAAGAUAUUCUGCUUGGGGCUGAUGAUGAGGAAGAUGAUGAUGAUGAAGAAGACAAGUCAUGGAGGCGGUGAUUCCCCCCUGUAAUGGACUCUAGGAGUUAUGAUAUGUUAUGAUGUGGUAGUCAUGGUAUUGAGAUUUGAUAACUAUUCCAUGGUUACAGAGAUUGGAGUAACUGUAUUUAGGUUUUCACAUUUUUUGCACAUCAAAGACUUGUAUUUAGCAUGAAACUUUAUUUGAAAAUGAGCCGGUUUUCAUCCUACCAUAAGAAAAACAGGGCAGCUGUCUGUUCAUGUAAGGAAAUUCCAUUUCAUGGAUUAGUUUAAUUGGCAGUUUACACAGGCUGUGUCAACUGUGUGGGUAGUCACAGUCUUCUUUUAGUGUUUGCGACAUGCAAAAGAAAGGUCUGUAUUAUGAAAAAAGUUUUUUGGUUCAGUUGAUAGUCUAGUAGUGUCCAAUUUGUGGAAUGUCCACAAUGGCAACUUUAAGUAUUUGUAUAUAUGUACUAUACUGUAUAUGUGCUCCUGUCAUCAUGCACCAAGUCAAAAAUAUACAUUGAAGUGGAGACUAAACAUUAGAUUAUUCAGUUGUAUGUAAGUUGUAUGAUACAGUAAAAAUAAUUUGAAAAUUUUGAUAAAUUAAACACGUAUUAAAGAAACAUUGUAGAAUGUAAAUUUUAACUUUAAAUAGCCUGCAUAUUCAGAAACUAGGUUGAAAUUGUGACAUAGGGAUUGUUAUGAUGAUAAUCAGUCUGUGGUGCUAUAAUGAUGACGUUAGAAAAGUUUUGUAGUACGAAUUGUUAACUGUAAGUUGGACAGUUUACUCAAUUUGCUUUUGUCAUAUGAUUAUGCUUGUAAGAUUUAUUGAAUUGUUGUAUAUGCUUUGUUAACAAAGCAUGGGUUUUCAGCAAACUUCAAAAAAGCUUUGUACACUGGGAAAAAAGAAAAAGAGAAAAAUUCAAAACGCAUGUUUAAAAAAAAGAAGCAAUUAUGCGUUAAAGAAUUUGAAAAAGAAGAAAAGAAUUAUCGUACAAAGCUAAAAUAAUCAACAAUAAAGAUGGACAAGUAUGGGAAACAGCCCAUACAACCCCCAAAAUCUUGGGAAAAGCUUUACCAAAUGUUUUGUGUGUUGUGUUGUGAAAUUGUCUGUGUUUAAUGUUAUGUAUUGUUCCUUGUCACUGUGCCUUGCGAUAACUGAUGAUGCAAAGCAAAGAGAAAAGCUUACUAAUACCAAUGAUGCAAUAUCAUAAGCAAGUUCACAGUUGACAAUGUUUCGUGUUAUUGUGGUGUCCGUCCAUGUCCCAACAGGCGAUAUCAAGUACAGAAGGUCUACUUGAAGCAGAUGGCAGUUGGACAAACAUCGCAGUGGGAACCCAUCAAAGACUGAUCAGAAAUUUUGAUAGAUUACAGCAGAUUUUCAUGUGACCUUCAAUCACCAAUACAGCUGUGAUAAGCAGACAACAGUAAAGACCAUGUCUGGCACAUGAUGGCCAACAGUUAUCAUCAAGCUAAAAGCAGAGGACUUGCAUACAGAUUGUGCAGCAACCAAAAGUAUCAAAAGGAAAACGGUGUCAUCACGAUCACCAGUCCUUUGUUAAGCAACAGUCAUGAUUUUUAUGUUGCUGGUGUAACAGUUCUUUAACUUUAUUUAUUAAAAUUGAACUGUAUUAAAGUGUUUAUUGUAAUAUUUCUAUCAGAUAUGUAAACAUGUUACAAAAUUUAACAUGUCAAGUAACACAUGUUGAAACUCACCAGUGGGGCAGGGGCAGAACUUAAUUUUGGGUCUUAAAGAAAUUUUUGAAAUCUCAUUUCAGAAUGUCGGGUGCCUUGCUGAUACAUGGGAUCACGUCUGUGGUUUGGUCUUCUUGGAGGUCUCAGCUGUUCUCCAGAUUUAUCAGCUGCUUUGUUACAAAUUGUGAAUGUUUAGAUGUUGCUAUAUGUACAGAACCAAGCUUGAAGUCUUCUGCAGUGUGCAUCAACAGAACACAUUUCUCCAAUGAGAUCAUUUAGGCCAAAACUGGACACAUUUCCCCAUGGCACAGAGAUGAGAGGCCCAAUUUGAAAAAAUAAAAAUCUGCAGCAGGUGUGGAAUCUCGAGCAUCAUUAAGGAUCAUCUUACAGAUCCUGGGAAUCAGUUUUUGUUAUUUUUCUACUUAACUGUUAAAAAGACAUGCACCAAAGCAGUAAAGAACAAUGGCAGGGCAAAACCAGCCUUCAUAUGAUUUUAAGAAAGCUGUGUAGCUGGUGUUCUCAUUUAUCUGUUAUUUUUUGUGGAAUUUACUACUGUGAGU